GCCUGCACUGAGAUGGUCAUGCCAAUGUCUAGCAGCCAAGAGAACAGCAUGUUUCCUGCAUACAAUUUUAGUUAUGCUGCUUAUCAAGAUGGGUGUGUUCAGAACUAUGGUGUCAAGCCAAGACCUCGAUGGGUCACCACUGAAUUUGGUGGCCAUGAUAUCAAGACAGCAUUGAAUAAGUUUGGCAGUAACAUUAUUUUCUCAAAUGGACUCUUGGAUCCUUGGAGUGGUGGGAGUGUGCUGCAGAACAUAUCUGAGAGUAUAAUUGCACUUGUUACUGAGCUAGGAGCACAUCACAUAGAUUUGCGUCCUUCAACAGAUGAGGAUCCUGAUUGGUUAAUAGAACAGAGGAAAUCAGAAAUCAGUCUUAUAAGAGGUUGGAUAUAUGAUCACUACCAGGAGAAGGUGGCCUCUUUUAGCAUGUAGUUCUGAUGGUUUGUCUCACUUCCAUGGAGGUGGAAGUUUGUUUUCCACAAUAAUCACCUUUCUUAAACUUACUUUGAAGAAACAUGAUGCUAAUAUUGUAAACAGUCUGCAUGUAUAUAUGUUUUGCCAAAUUCGAUUUGCAUUAUCCAACAAUAGGCUUCUUA